AUGAUGCGAUUUUUCGCUGACCCAGAUCUUUCACAGAGAACGUCGCGUGAAGCAGUCGCAGGGAGCUUUCCGGGAGAGAAGCGCGCCGUGCUGGGCGAUAAGCAGAUCAUCCAAGCGGCUUCGCUGCAAACCGUAGAGCUUGAGCGCGCGGAGAACCAGCUGCGCAAACAGUGGCAAAGAGGGAUCUCGGGGGGAGAAAAGGCGGAGAAGCGAGCGCGCGGAACCAGCGGCGGAGGGGGAAGCCACCAUGGCAGGACUGGGAGCGGCGGGGACGGCGUGGGGGGAUCAGGCGGAGAGGGGAAGGGAAGAAAGACAGGCCGUCCGAUUAACGGCAUGUUGCGGCCUGUUCAGGGCGGCGAUUUCUUGGAUGUGGCGCUCCUUGCAGGGCUGGCGACGCGGGCUCGGCGGGAGGCAGCCAGGCUACAGGAGGAGAUGACACGUGUCCUCCGUGACGUGGAGAAAGCGCGUGAAGAGAGCGCGCGCAUGGGGGAACGCGCCGCCGCGGCGCUGGAAGACGCAGCGGACGCGAUAGAAGCAGCGGCUAGGGUUGCGAUUCGGAAUGGCGGGAAGAAGGGGCGGUCCGGGGGAGGCGACGCGGGAGGGAAGGGGGGAAACAGGGGAGCGCGGGCGACGGAAAUGGCUUUAGGCGGGUGGUGGGGGGACGGAGGAGUAAGGUUGAUUAAGGUUAAAGUGCCGGAUCGACACGCGGGAGGGUGCCUGGAUGAGAAGGGCGGCUCGGGAAAAGGUUUAAAGCUGUAUGUUGCGCAAUCCGAUGCGGAAGAUGCGGGGGAGGCGGAGUUAAUCGGGGAGGAUGACGUGUCGGACGAUGGUUGGGCCGCGCUUUCGCUUGAUGGCGACUCGGGGAGUGAAGGUAAGGGGGAUAUCUUGGGGACUAAGAGAUUAAAGUCGAGAGUGUUAGGGUUGUAUGGCAUGCGUCCCGGAGAUGGGCGUGGAGCGGCGGUUCGAGACGGCUCGGAUGGUGAGAGGACGGAGGAGGAAGAGGGGGAGGAGGAGGAAGAGGACGAGGAAGAAGAGGAGGAAGAAGAGGAGGAGGAAGAGGAAGAGGAAGAGGAGGAGGAAGAAGAGGAAGAUAGGGAGACGAGUGCUACAGCCGGCAAUUCCUCCGCAGCAGAAGCAGCACUCUUCGCCGCCGCAGCAGCAGUAACGGGCGCGUCUGGCCACGCUGCUGCUACAACCGCCGCCGCUACAGCCAGGCUGGAAGCUCGUGCUGCUGGGGCAGCGGCGGGGGAGGGGUCAGGGGGAGGGGGCGGAGGGGGAGGGGGAGGUGCGGGGGAGAGGAGUAGCGGGAGAGGGCGCGGAGGGGGGGGUACACCACUUGAGUCCCCUACCUCCCCCCCGCCGUCUCCUUUGUUUGAGGGGUUGACUGGUGGAAGUGUUACUGGGGUGGGGACUGGUUCUGGGGGAGCAGGGGGAACGGGGGGAAGGGGGGAAACGGGUAAAACGGGAAGUGCACGAGAGGAGUUAGGAGGGGCACCGUUGCUUGCAGGGACCCCUCUAGAAAGAGUGCAGAAACCAGCAUCACCUGCUGCUAGUUCCGCAUUCGGUUCUGGUCCGGGAUCUGCCUUUGGUUCGGGCUUUGGUUCGGGCUUGGGUUCUGGCUUCGCUGCUUCCGCGUCUUUAUCCCCCGGCCUGCGGUUCCACGGGCGGCAAAUGUCGGCGCCACCUGCCGAGCUGCUGGAGAUGAGCGGCGGGCUGGGCGGCGGGGGAGGGUUCGGAGGACUGGCUGCCGCCCAGCUAGUUGCUAUGAAACGGUUGGAAGCGGCUAAGAACUUAGGAUUGCUACCUAAUGCAGGUGGGGCUGAGGACGGGGCGGGCAGUGCUGCUGGUGGUGGUGGGGAGGUGGGAACUGGGGGCGGUGCUUCCCCUGGGAAGGAUUCGAGCCCGAGGGGGGGUGUGAGAGGGGGAGGAGGGAGCGUGGUAAGUCCGGGUAGAGAGCAGCAGCAGCAACAGCAGCAGCAGAAGCAGGGUAUCAGUGGGGCCACGGGAGCAGGAGGAGGUGGCGCAGCAGAAGCAGGGGCGACGUUUCAUGUUCCCACCCCUCCCCCACGCUCCCAGCUCCCAGCCAAUCGCUCCCCUGCCCAACGCCUAGCCGCCUCUGCUCUCGUCCGCCACGCCUCAGUAGACCUCUCCUCCCUGCGGGGCGGAUCCGGGGGAGGCUUUACCUGGGGCAGCGCGAAUCCCAGAUUCGCUGUAGACAGACUCAACAUGCUGGGGACUUCCCUAGGUCCCACCUCCCCCGGGUCACCCUCCCCUGGUUCCCCCUCCUCCCGCUCCCACCACUCUCUCGCGCCGAACCUCCGUCCGCAGGUCCCGUGGCUGCCGGCCACCGACCCUGAGCUGGCAAACCUGCCGGUUCGGAGGUUUGGUUCAGGGAUUCCAGGCCGGGGGGCAGGCUCGGUGACGAUGAGUGAAGCAGAGUUGACUGCGUUUGUGAAGGGGACUCCUCCUAGUGGGCUCGGGAGGACCCUUAGUGGGAUGGCGGGAUUGGCUGGUCGCACUGGGGGUGGGGGUGGUGGUGGUGGUGGUGCUGGAAGUGGUGCCGGUGGUGGUGGUGGGGGUGGUAUAGGUGCCAGUCCUCUUGGAGGCGGUGGUGCUGGUGGUGCUGGUGGUACGAAUAUUCACAGCCUAGGGGAGGGGGUGCCUCGUCUCAUGUCUUCCAUUCUCAUGGAGGAAGGCGGGGUUUCUGCUUCUGCUGCCAGGGGCGGCACUCACCUGGGCGGCAGUCCUCUGGGCGGCAGUCCCCUUGGGAUCACCCGCACCGCAUCGCUUUCGCCGCCCAAUUCUGGGGUGGGUGGGGGGAGGAUGCUUCCUCCUCAUUUCCUCAGGUUGACUCUCGGCCGGGUUGGUGAAGCGGCAGGGGAGGGAGGAGGCGAAGGCGGAGGAGGAGGGGGAGGAGGAGGAGGAGGGGCGGCAACAGCAGGAGGAGCAGGAGGGUCAGGAGGAGGGGGUGGCGGAGGAGGGGGAGGAGGGGGUGGAGGAGGAGGGGGAGGAGGGGGAGGAGGAGCAUGGGGAGGAGGAUGGGAGGGAAUUGUGGCCCAUAGAAAGACUGGCAGCUUAUCCCUCCUCUCCCGAACCAGCUCCGCCGCACCCAGCUUCGGCACAGCCUCGCCAGCCGGAGGCUCGGCAGCAGGCUCGGCAGCAAAUUCCCCUCUAGGAAGCGUGUCCUCCGGAUUCAGCCUAAGUCCCGGACUGGCCACUCCCCCCUCUCCCGCAUCCUCUUCCGAAGCCCCAUCCCCUGUCCCUCACUCUCCUCUCGCUCCUCUCUCCCCACUCUCCCCCCUCUCUCCUCUCCCUUCCUCCGUCCUCUCCCUCUCGCCGCUCUCCCCGCUCUCCCCCCCGGCCCGUACUCUCUCCUUUGGUGGGUUCUUCCCUCCGGGGGAUGACGGGGCUGGGGGAGCUGGCAACGCUGCUGCUGUUGCUAAUGCCAGCACUGGCACUGAGCGGAAUGAGCAUACUGCAGGUGGUGCCUCUGGUGACGCUGGUGGUGCUUCUGCUGCAGCAGGAGGGGUUGGGGGAAACACUGGUAUGGGAGGCAGUACGGUUACAUCAGACGACGGCAGCAGCAGCGGUUACAUCUCCGCAGGUACGCGUGGCGGUUACGUGUCAUCUGGUGGCGGAGCGGGCGGCGGUUACAUGUCAUCUGGUGGUACCGGGGGCGGCAGUUACAUGCCAUACGGUGGCGGCAUGGGUGGCGGCAUGAGCGGCGGUGGGGGCGGCGGUUACAUCUCCGCAUCAGACGACGAGAGUGUCCACGGGCGGCUGGACAGGUGGCGGGAAAAGGGACUUGAUACGAACACAGAGGGCGAAACAACAGAGGGGGAUUACGACACAGAGAGGGAGGAGAGGGAGGAGGCGAAGAGGAGGGAGAGGCAGGAGAGGUUAUGGCGACUGGAAAAGAAGGUGGAGGUAGAAGAGUAUGAUACGGACCAGGAGUUGGAGCUUCGGCGGGAGGAACGGCAGCUGGCUCGGCAGCAGGCUCGGGAGAAGAGGUUAGGGUUGGCAGCAGAGAUGAUGAAGGCGGAGAUUGAGAAGGCUGCAGCUGCGGUGGGAGGUUUGGGAGGAAUGGGAGGAGGUAUGGGAGGAGGCAUGGGAGGAGGUAUGGGGGGAGGUAUGGGUGGGAAUGGCAUGGGCAUAGGCAUGGGGAUGGGAAUGGGGAGGGAGGGUGAGGGGGAUCGAUUUAUGAGGGGGAAUGAAGCAACAGAUACGCAUGAGCAUGGGCGUGGGCAUGCACAUGGGCAUGGGCAUGAGCAUGGCUCAUCGCACGUCCGGCGACUUUCGGGAGGUAGUGGUGGGGGGGCGGCAGCAGCAGCUUCGGGCGGCACAGCAGCAGGUUCGACAGCAGGAACGGUUGGCGGUUUGGGGAGUCAAAUAAGCCUUGGGCUAGGACUGGGGGACAGUAUCGCUGCUGGUGCUUCUCUGGGUGGUGCUUCUAACAAUCGUGCUUCUAACACGCCCUCUUUAAUAGCACAUGGUCCCCUGGGCAGCCCUCUAGGAGGAAGCCCCUUGCACAGCCCCCUAGGGAGUCCCCGCGGGGGGAGCCCCCUAGGGGGAAGCCCCCUAGGGGGAAGCCCCCUAGGGGGAAGCCCAUUGGGGGGAAGUCCUCUAGGUAGCCCUCUCAGCAGCCCCCUGGGUAGUCCCCUCAGUACGGGCAGCAGCGGUGGGUUCGGUGGGUUCGGUACGGGCCUGCUCCGAGGCUUGGGAAACAGCUUCGGCGGGGAGAUGGCUGUAGGUUCGGGGUAUGGGCGGCGGAGGAAGCACAGGAGGGGGUCAACGCUGGGGGAAUUGACUGAGACAGAGUGGGAGGGGACGGAUAGUGAGUGGGAGGAGGGGAUGGAGGAGAGACUAGCGAGGAUUCAGAGGGAGGAGAGGGAGAAGAGAGAGAGGGAUGCUGCUGCUGCUGCUGCUGCAGCGGCGGCGGCAGCAGCGGCUUUGGCAGUUGGGGAAGGAGGGAGGGGGAGAGGGGGAGAAGGAGGGGCGGGAGGGAGAGAGGUGUUGAGUAGUGGGGAGGAGGACGGAUUGAGGCGGUUCGGAGGGCCGCUAGGAGGUUCGGCGGAAAACCUGGCUGGUUUGGGAGGAGGCUCGGGUGGAGGUUUGCCGGGAGGUCCGGGGGGACGCUCGGCAGGGAACCUGGUAGGCCUGGGAGGAGGUUCGGGAGGAGUUUCGGGAGGAGGUUCGGGAGGAGGUGGAGGAGGUAUGGGAAGUGGUUCGGUUUCCAUGCAGAGUGACCUGCCUAGGGGGUUAAGUAUGAACAGGAGAGGCUCGAUUUCUAAGGAGGACUUACUUGCUGCUCUUGUUCCUCUAGGUUCUAGUAAGGAUGGAGAGAGAGGAGAGAGAGGAGUAAGCAGCAGGGAGAGUGGAGACGAGGGAGGAGGGGCAUUUGGGAGGAGCAGUGGUGCGGGAGGGGGUAGGGAUGUUGGGUUGGGGAAUGGGGAGUGGGGGGGGGCUGGUCGGGGGAGUGAGGGGAGGGGAGAAAGGGGUGGGGAUGGGAAGGAGCAGGAGCAGGGUGGGGGGAGGGGAGUGAGUGUUGGUUCGAGUGCGGGAGUGUCAGAUAGUGGAAGCGGUGGGGUGUUUUUCGAGAUUUCUCUUGAGGCUGGUGACAGUGCGGAGAGUGCUUAUAGAGAGGCGGCUUCUAACGAGUAUUCUCGGGGAGGGAACGCAGCUCUAUCCCCCACUUCCCCUCCCGGCCAAUCACAGUCGUCCGUUCUGGGUUUUCCCUCUAAGGUAACUUCGGAACAGGAUUUGUUAAAGAAGAGGUUGAAUCCGCUGCGAGUGUGGUUAGCGGAGCAGACUAUCGAGAGUACGGUUGCUGGUGCUAAAAGCCCGGAGCGUGAUGGAAAGCAGGAAGAUUUAAGUGCCGGCGUGAAGAGUUCAAAUAUUGGUGGGGGGAGUGGCUUUGGGAGGGAAGGACAAGGAAAUUCAGAGGUAGGAGGGGGAGGCGGAGGGGGAGGGGGAGCAGCAGCGGGGGGGAAAGGGGGAUUAGGGGGGUUGGGAAGUGGGCUGGCGGGAUUAGCUAGUCUGCAAGGGCUGUUAGGUGGAGGGGGUGCGGGAGGAAAUGGGAUGGGGGCGGGUGCAGGGGCACGGGAGGGGAUGAAUGGGGGAGGGGGAGGGGGACAGGGUGUGGGGACCAUUGGAGGGCAGUUAGGGGGGGAGAGGGGCCGCGCAAUCAAUUCAUUGCAGCAGCAGCAGCUGUUGCAAGCGUCUACAGAUCAAGCUUUAGCCCGGUUUGAACGGCUGGCUGCUGGUGGCACUAGUGACGCUGCUGCUGCUGGAUCCUCCACAAGUGCAGGGCAGGGACAGGAACAGCAGCAGCAGCAGCAGCAGCAGCAGCAGCAGCAACGGCUGUUGCAGGCGUCUACAGACCAAGCCCUCGCCCGUUUUGAACGGCUGGCUGCUGCUGGUGGUGCUGCUAGUGCUACUGGUGGUUCUGGUGGUGCUUCUGCUGCUUCCCCAGGAGCAGCUGGAGGAGCAGGAGGAGGGGCAGGAGAAUCUAGAGGUGUGGGUGAGAGGAAGAAUCCACGAGCGGCCUCUGCUUCCUUGCAGCAGCCCACUCCUCUCCCCGGCCCCCCCUCUCCUGGUGUGAAUGGAAGGGAGAUGGGGAGUUGUAACAGGGAAGGUGCGAAUCCCAGUGACAGAGGUAGAGGAGGGGGUAUGGGACAGAGCAGAGGGGGUGGAGAAGGAGCAAGAGGAGGAAGUGGAGGAGGAGGGGAGGGGAUGAAUGGGAGAGGAGGAGAAGGGCAGUUGGGCAGCCCUGCUAGUAGCACUUCUAGCCGUGGGAGUGUUGGGGGGAGGGCAGGGGGAGGAGGAGGAGAAGGGGGAGGAGAUGGUCGGAGGGGAGUGGGCGGAAGGGGAGAGGGGGGCGGAAGAGGUGGGGGAAGGGGGGCGGGAGGAGGUGGGAGAGAUGGAGGGGGGAGGGGAGGUGCGGGGAGAGGGGGAGGGGGGGGGUAG